AUGGCCGACGAUCUCUCGCAGUUGGGGGUGAGUUGGGUGGAGGAGUCGGCCCUGCGGGAGGACGUCGUGGCGGCAGUGGACGCCCACGGCGCCGCAGAGGCCGCGGUGGACGAGGCGGAGCUGCGCCGCCGCUGGGAGGCGCUGGAGGAGAUGGAGCACGUCGUCGCGGAGCUGCAGUCGUUGGCCGCGAGGCCGCGCCAGGCCGCCGCGGCGCCGAAAGGGGGGCUGCAGGUGUUGCCGGGGGGCGGGGGCGCGGAGGCGGGGAGAGAGGCGGAAAACGCCGCCGCCGUUCUGCAUUUUCGCCUGGCGAACGCACAGAGGGAGGUGGAGAACCGCGCAAAGCUGCUGCGUCGCUGGCAGGUGGAGAUGGAGGGGCGACAGCGCAAGCGGGUUGAGGAGGCAAAGCGGCGAAGGCGGCUGUCGGAGGCGGCGGCGGCGGCGGCGGCGGAGCGAAGCAGAACGACGAGUGCCUCCGACGGCGGUAACGCCUCCGUGGCCCCUGCGGGUGCCAAGGGUGAGGCGCAUGCUGCGGCCGCGAGGCGCGUGCCUGGCGUGCAGGUGGCUUCCUCCUUGGCAUCCCUCACGGCUGCCGCGUCGCCGCUCACGGCAGUGAGUAAUACGCGGCCGGAGACGAAGUUCCCGCUACGCGCCCGUGCGGCCCUCAAAACUGCUGCGACGACGGCGCAAUCAGGGGCGGCGGCGGAGCUGCCACGGUCUCGUGGUGGUGGUAGUGGUGGUCAUGCGGCGACGACGAUGACGCCCGCGGAGUACGCGGGUGGCGCCAUCCUCCCCUCACUUUACCGCGUCACUCUGACGCGCUCAGAUGUGCGGUCAAAGUCUAGGAAGUACGCAGAUGACGGCGACCUCGAUGCGUUCCACGCGCGGCAGCUAAAACGAAAGCGGUUGGAGGAGGCUGCUGCAAACAUUGCGGCCUCACAGUUGGCCCCGACGGUCCCCGCUGGCACGGUGAAGGCGGAGGUGGGCGCUGGCCCCGGCUCCCUCGCCGUAAAGCAGGAAGUCGGAGAUAAGGAUGGAAGCGGCACCUCUUGUGCCAACGCGAUCGACGUUGAUGCACUGAUGGAAGAGGAGGAUGAGGACGCCGGUGAAGACGUUGUGCGGCAGGUGAUCAUGCACGGUGGCGGUGUUAGCUGUGAGACUGGAGGUGAGGUUCACUCCGUGUCUCAGGGGAGGCAGGAGACGUUUGUGUCGCUCGUGCCUGGUAUCUCUCUCUCGGCCGUCAUUUACAACCGCUUGCUGGAGCAUCAGCGAGACGGUGUGAGCUGGAUGCUGCAGCUGCACACGCAACGGAUAGGCGGCAUCCUUGGCGAUGAGAUGGGCCUUGGGAAGACGAUACAGGUGGCGGCGACGCUAAACGCCCUGCAUCAUGCGCAGCAGCUGCGUGGUCCCUGCCUGAUUGUCGCCCCCUUGACGGUGCUGCGGCAGUGGGUGGCGGAAAUGCACCGAUGGGCUCCAUACAUCCGGACAUGUGUCAUGCACGAAAGCAGCGCCACCACAAUGAGUCGUGAGAAACUCGUUGAGUCCAUCCAGGCGACGCCGGCGGUGCUUCUCACAACCUACACCGCCGUGCGGCAACACUGUCAACUCCUGCACAGGGCAAAGUUUCAGUAUGUGAUAUUGGAUGAGGGGCAUAAAAUUAGUAACCCGGAGGCCACCGUGACACUCGCGGUAAAGUCUUUUCCGACGCCGCACCGUAUCAUUCUCUCCGGGACGCCCAUUCAAAACACCCUGAAAGAGCUUUGGUGUCUCUUUGACUUUGUCCGGCCUGGCCUGCUUGGCACCAUGACAAGGUUUGUGGGGGAGUUUGAGGAGCCGAUCAACGCAAGCAAGGACGUUCGCGCCUCCCCCCUCGCGUUGGCCACCGCCGUGGAGUGUGCCCAGGCACUGCGCGAGCGCAUCGCCCCCUACCUGCUGCGGCGCCUCAAACGGCAGAUCAUGAGCCACGCGCUGCCGCAGAAGUACGAGCGCGUCAUACGCUGCCCCUUAAGCGACGAGCAGUUGGAGGCGUACGUGGAGCUGCUGACCUCCGCGCGUGUGCAGCGGCUGUUCAGCAGCACCUUGACGGACACGCAACUGAUGGGCGGGUUGAAUCGCGACGGCCGUGACGCGAGUGGCUGCCUGCACACCGCUGGACGACGCUUUCAGCUGUUUCAGCGGCAAAACCACGGCGGCAUUCGUCUUGAGGCCUUCCGCGUGCUGAAUGAACUGCGGCAGAUUUGCAACCACGUGGACAUUUUUCGAUUGCGGCAGGCGGCGGCGGCGAACGGCAGCGAAUACUUCGACGACGACGACGACGACGAGAAUGAUGGGGUGGAGGCGAGGGCAAAGCGGCGGCGCGGGACGCACCUUUCGCUGCGCAGCAACCGCCCGGUAAACUACGCGGGCAGCGGGAAGCUGCAGACGCUGCAGAAGCUGCUGACGGUCUGGCAGCGCGGGGGGCAGCGGGUGUUGGUGUUCUCGCAGACCCGCAUGGCGCUUGACAUCAUUGAGAACAUGUGCGAGCAGGAGGGCUUCACGUACAUCCGCAUGGAUGGCAGCACGAACAGUCACCACCGGCAGGAGCUCAUGGACCGCUUCAACGAAGACGACGGCAUCGUCGCUGCGCUGCUCACGACGCGCGUGGGCGGCGUUGGAGUCAAUUUGGUUGGCGCCAGCCGCGUGGUGCUGUUCGACCCCGACUGGAACCCCGUCACGGACGAGCAGGCACGCGAGCGGGCGUGGCGCAUCGGCCAGACGCGCGACGUCGGCGUCUACCGUCUCAUCGCCAGCGGCACCGUGGAGGAGGCGAUCCUCCGCCGGCAGCUCGCCAAGACGUACGUGACGGAGAAGGUGCUGCACAACCCCGCCCUGCAGCGUUUCUUUCACCAGCAGGAGAGCCUCACGGAGACGUUCUACCUCGGCGCGGAGUACGACAGCCGCGUGCCGGCGGGAAAGAAGCACAUCCUCGCGGCGCAGGAUAUCUCCCCCCUGCUGGAGGCGGAGGAGGCGGAGGAGGAGGCGGCGGGGGUAAAGCAGGAGGGGGCGGCGCCUGCCGUCUACCGGGUGCGGGCCCCGUGCCCGCAGCCGCCGCCAACGUCGUCGUCUUCGUCGUCGCCCGCCGCCGCCGCCGCCGCGCACAAGGCGGAGACGGCACUGCUGCAGGACCUCGUGGACGGGCAGGAGGUGCGGGUGUCGGGCGGAGACGCGAUUGCGCGGCGCCUCGCCCGCCUCUCCGCGGCGCAGACGAUGCAGCGCGUGACAAGCACCACCCGCACCAUUGCGCAGCAGCAGGCCGAGAUGCGGGCGAGGGCCGCAGAAGAAGUAAAAGAUGAAAAAGUAAACUGA